AUGCAAAAGAAUGAAUCUGAAGUUAUUGAAAAACAAGAAGAUCAUGGUGAACUUCCAAAGGAAAUUGUAAGUGGUGCCCCUCAGGAAUUAGUCACCGAAAGGGUUGUUCGAAUCUAUAAAGAAAGUAAACCUGCCACUCAAAGUGGUAUUUGGGGGCGUCAUAAUUGGAAACUCGACUGGGACGUUUUAGGAAAAGGUCAUAGAUGGGAGAAUGAUUUGAUUGGGUACCAAAGUUCUAGUGACUAUAUGCAAGGUACCAUAAUGAAAUUUGAUACAAAGGAAUCUGCGAUAAAAUUUGCACAGGGCCAAGGCUGGACUUUCUUUGUUCAGGAGCCAAACGAGCGCCGUUUCAAAAAGAAAGACUACUCCAAGAACUUUUACCACAGUCCAACAAAGCUGAAACAUAUUAGAACAAAAUAA